CAAAAAAAAAAAAAAAAAAAAAAAAUACGCCGCUGCCGGACCGAUCCGGGACGGUGGCUUGCAUCAAGACAUAUCAUCGCCAGGUACUUCCGGCGCCUCAAUAACCUCCAGGCCCGAAAGCCGUCAUCGCAUCGCAUGGCCGCAUUCCUGCCCUUGCUUGCCUCCCUCUUUGGCUGGAUCUACACGCUCGCCUGGAGCCUCUCCUUUUACCCCCAGCCGCUGCUCAACUGGCAGCGCCGCUCCACGUCCGGCACCACGGCCGACUUUCCUACCCUCAACAUCAUUGGUUUUGCCGCGUAUCUCGCUUCCAACGUCGCCUUGUACUACUCCCCCGUUGUGCGGAGCCAGUACGCCGCCCGCCAUAACGGCUUGCUCCCCACCGUCGCCUUCAACGACAUCACCUUUGCGCUGCACGCCCUCGUCCUCAGCAUCAUCACCGCCUCGCAGUAUCUCCUCCGCCCGCUCUGGGGCUUCGAGCCUAGCGCUGGCACCCGCCCUAGCCGCUUCGUCACCGGCAUCAUUGCUGGCUCUGCGCUGGGCCUCCUCAUCACCUGGAUCAUUGUGGGCGCGACGCCGUCUGGGAAUCCGGCUACCGACUGGUGCGACCUGGAUAUUGCAUACGCCGUCGGUUAUGUCAAGCUCUUGGUCUCGCUGGUCAAGUACACGCCGCAGAUCCUCGCAAACUACCGCAACAAGAGCACGCGGGGUUGGAGCAUCUGGCAGAUCAUCCUCGAUAUCGUCGGGGGAUUCUUGAGCUUGGCCCAGCUCGGCAUCGAUGGCUACCUGCAGCACGACUGGAGUGGCAUUACGGGCAACCCGAUAAAGCUGGCGCUUGGCAACUGCAGCUUGGUUUUUGACACCAUCUUCAUCUUGCAGCACUACGUCAUUUACCGAGGCAAGGAGACCAGCGAUGAGGAACAGAGGCUUCUUCCAGAUGAAGAGAGGAGGCACCGUGAUUAGAUUAGAUCCCAGACCACGCCGUUUUUUGAUUGCAGACUUAGAUUUUGUGGUGCUUUUAAACAAAGGGCGCCGCCUAAUACCCACUGAGCAAGAGUAAGAAGAGG